UGUGCAGUGUGUCCCUAGCAGCAUACCACACAUCUCUGCUCUCUGUGCAUAGAAUUACUUUGCUUGGGCUGCAUGACUAACCUUGGAUUAUGGCAACUUCACUUGAGCAAUUUAUUAAUACUCUGGAUCCAAAAACACUUCCAAGAGUGCUGCAGAUACAAUCUGGAUAUUAUUAUGGAGGCUCCAUAUAUGAACUCUUUGGAAAUGAAUGCUCCAUUUCAACAGGAGACAUUAUUAAAGUCAUUGGAUACAAAGUCACAAAAGUUCUAGCCUACAUGAAUGGUAGUACUGAAUCUAAUGAAGUAUUGGCUACAACGGAGCUUCCACUUGAUUUUCCAGGUUUGUUUAAAGUGGUUGCUGAUAAAAGACCAUAUUGUACUAUUGAAGAGAUCAUCAGGACACUACAUGUCGGACCAACUCGAUUUGGCCAUCCAAGUUUCCAUAGUGCAAAUAAUUUAGAUGUGGCAGGUAUUACCAUUAGCAAAGAUGAUGAAAUCCUGAUCAGAUCCAUAGAGGAAGUAAAUGGUGUCACAUCUGUAAACUGUGGAGUAAUACGGAAGGGACAUUUCCAUUCAUUCCUUUUACCUCUGUCAUGUGAAGGGGUGUUCUAUGAAUGUCCAGAUGAAAAAAUUUACACUCUGAAGGAGAUAUUGGAAUGGAAAAUUCCAAAAAGCAGGAGCAGGGCUGUAAUUCUUACAGAAGUUAUUGGAACUUGUGAUAUAAAACAAUUUUACCAGCUAGGUGCCAAUGCAACAAUGAUUUUAAAGCCAGUCUAUGAUGUGCAAGCAAUCAUGCAGUUUCGGAAGGAUAUUGUACAUCUGCAAUCUGACCUUGAUAUUGAAGUACUAGAUAUCACCAAUAAUUUUAAUAUUAAAUGUUUUAUACAGACAUUAACUAUUCAUGAUGUGUUUGAACUGACUACCAAUGAAUUUCCCAUGAUUGCAGAAAUUAUCGAGCAUGUAGCAGGCGAAUAUGCACACUGCAAUUUAUUAUCGCCCGGAAAAAAAAUUAUCAUCCACAAAAAGGAUCAAGCAGAUAGAAUUAUAGCCUCAGAGUUAAGAAGUGACUCCCCAAAUAAACAUUUUCUUAUCCCAGAUACUUACAAGGGGAAGUUUAAAAGAAGACCCAGAUGUUUCCCUACUGUCUAUGACUUAAAGGUUGCGAAGAGAGAAGCAGAUGAGCUUCAUGUUGUGGCAACAAAGCCUUUCCAAUCAGCAUAUAAAGAAUUUUCUUCAAUAUGUGUUGGGGAUCAGUUUCUUGUUAAGCAACAUCACUUCUGUGAAAUCAUGGACAAAGGCAAAAAAACAGUUGUAGAGGUGUUAACAUUUUUGAAAAUUAAUGGCAAAGCCCGUGAACAAGUCACCAUACCUUUGUAUGCCGAAGGUGGAUUUCUGGAAGUUGUAUAUGACGAGAGACAAUACUAUAUAAAAGAGCUAUGUAAACAUUUCCACUUUCCUUUGAAUGUAAAGGUGUCUGUGAGAGAUUUGUUUGCAAUGGGCGAGGAUAUUUUAGCAAGUACAUCAGUACUUCAGCUGGAAGAGCACAUUACAGAUUCAUAUUUGCUUGUUAGUUCAUAUGACAGUCCUCAGGAGGUUUGGGAACUUCCAGUUCAUCGGCUCAACCUAUCUGUUCAUAUAAUUGGUAGCUUUCAAGGAGAAACCUUCUGUUUGCCAACCAAAACCAACAUUGAGGAAAUAAAUAAGGAGGAGUAUUAUAUGGUGAGGAGAUAUGAAGGUCAGGUCCAGCGCCCACCUCCAAGGCCACCCAAGACUCCUCUGUUUGCUUGUGAAUCUGCCGAAAGGGAAUCCAACCCCAUAUUUACUGAGAAUCCAACCCCAGUGGAGGAUUGCAGAGCAACAUUAGAACUGCAAGGUGACUGCCAAGGGCAUGUAUUGUGUGGAGAAAAAGACAAAGGUGGCAAUGUAGAAGUCAGUGGAGAGAAAGACAAAGGUGACAAUGUAGAAGUCAGUGGAGAGAAAGACAAAGGUGACAAUGUAGAAGUCAGUUCUGAAAAAGGUACUGCCAUGACUGUAUUCUGCAAGGAUGAGAUUCAUCAGCACACUAUUGAAAAUCAUGUGGAAGACAUAUAGUAUGUUGAUACUAUAUACCAAUCCUGGACUGGUGUGUUCUGGCAAAGCAGCACCUGCUGUUCCUGCAGGCGGAGCCCUUGCACUUUUUCUAUACAGGGUCCCUCCACUGACUGUAUCAGCUCCUGGUGGUCACAGGUUAACCCAUUCUACUAACUCAUAGCAGCCAAAGAAUUUUCUUGUAUUUUGCUAUUUUACAAAUUGCUGCUCUACUGUACUGUAGUUGUGAAUUAGGUUGUCUCCUUAUCUGUCAUGUAAACUCCUAUUUUUCACUUCUUGUAACUGGUUACUCUUACAUGGCAUGGUAUCUUUAGUUUUUUUUAUUGUGGUCUACACUGUGUAACUUCUUGACUAGAAAAUGAUUGAAUGAGAUAAAUAUUCCUUCUUGGCAUUAGUUUGGGAAUGUAGCUUAUAUUCAUUAAUAUUUAACUUAUGUUCCACAUGUGUUGUUUACACAACAUUCAUUUUCAAGGACUUAAACAAAAAAGAGGUUUCUGCAUUCCAUUUUUCUUUUAAAACAAAUGAACUGUUGAUAUACAGACCUUGGGGCAAGUGAGGGCUACUACCACUCAAGAGAAACACAUUGAAAAAUGUACUGUACUUUGAUUCUAUACAAUAAAAAUAGUAGUAGUGAUAGGUAAAUCUUUUGCCUGGUACUGUUUUGCAGUGAAAAUUCUCUUUUUUCGCCAGCAGCGAAAAGGAGCUGCAAUGCAAUUUCACCUUCCCAUUGACUACAAAGCAUCUAGCAAAAUGUCAGGGCCAGUUAUACUUAUCACUAAAUAUUAAGGCUUAUUUACAAAUGCAGCAUGAAGUUCAGAAUUUUAAUGGAAAUUGCCAUUUUUUUUACCCACAAUGUGUGGUUUUUAAGCAUCAUUGUAGGCUUCAAAAACACAGUCUGCUGCAACUUGUGCACCAUUCUUCAAUUAGCGCUUAUUUUGGUAAAGUGCAAACAAGUAGUCCCACAUAGUGGACAUACUGGGGAUGGGCAUCACUACAGGAGCACCAAUGCACAGUUUCAACAAAGCUCCCAACUGUCCUAAUUUUGACAGCUCACUCCACAGUCCUGGGUUCUUACUGAAAAGUUCCUUAUUUCCCUUUGAUCUUCUGCACUGAACCAAAAAACAAUUGUAACUAAUAAGCUAAACAGGUCUCUUGGGGGAA